UCUGCGAGAGCGACCCAGCCUCUCCGCUGACUGUGCCCCCGCCUCGCCAGAGCAGAACUCAGACAAGGUCUCAAGUACACCGGCGACACGGGAGGUCUUCUUCCUCGGGGUCACGAGGCGCUUCUCGAGAUCCCCGGGUCUAUAUAAGGUCGGGACCUCAGUUGCCUCGCGCCAUUCCGUUGGACGAAGCUGACAAACAUGAUCCUUCGAGUGCUUGCUGCGAGCUCCCUUCUGGUCGUCUGCUCGGCCCAGUUGUGCUUGAAUGUGCGCGCGACAGUCUAAUGCGUAUUCAGGCCGAGAAGCAAGCAUUUUAUCCCGACAUCGCCUGCGCGAACUGGGAGCCUAUAAAUAUCACGGAGAUCCUAGGCGACUGCUCUACUAACUGCAUUCCCCUUGGCGACCCUUCUGCUACCUGCUACGUCCAGAACGACUGUGACUGCACAUCGUACUUUACCUGCAAGGAUGACGUGUAUACUCUAACUUGCUGCGGAACAGGCUUGUACUGGGACGCGGAGUUGAACGUCUGCGAUGAUCUCGAACACGCAAUUUGCGACGAUCGCCCAUACUACACGUUGCCGCCCACCACCACCUUGCCCACCACCACCACGACACCUGCUACGACACAUUCAACAGUUACAUCUGUUUCACCAGGUUCAACAGUUACAUCUGUUUCACCAGGUUCAACAGUUACAUCUGUUUCACCAGAUUCAACAGUUACAACUAAUACACCUGUGCCUCCAACUCCCCCGCCUGCGAUCGAGGAACAAUGCUCUUCUCUUGACUUCGAUGGUGAGCUUUCACUGCCCAACGAAAAAGACUGCCAUGCUUACUACUAUUGUUACAAGGAUUCAAGCGGAACUGUUGUCAUUGAACUGCUGAUGUGUCCAGGAGAGCAGGUGUUCAACCCUAUAGAAGAAAGGUGUGACGAUCCCUGGCAUUAUCCCUGUGACACUGAGUUUCUUUUUAAGAAAUGAAUGUCAUAAUCUCCCUGUGGGAUCUGUUCACGUGAGCUUUGUGUAAAGAAAGGAAUAAAGAUAACAAUACAAAA